AUUCGCAAUUGUCAAAUCGUAUAAACAGUGCCGUAUAUUACCCCAAAGUCUAUUUAUUAUUUAAAACGAAGAUAAUAUCAAUGGUUAUUUUAUUUGACCCCACCAAUAAUAUGUUACUUUACGUGUAAAGUAUUAAUUGUGAUUGUGUAUAUUUAAUUUUCUGUAUAUUUGAUAAAUAUAAGAACAAAUCAAAGAUGAGUAAGAAACCUAUAUCUUUCGGCAAAAUAACAUUAAACUUUCAAAAGGAAACAAAUGACAAUGAAUCAACGUCGGGCUUUGGAACGUUUGGGCGCACUCCGAUACAGGAGCAGAAGGAAAUCGAAGAGCUAUCAGAUGAUUUAGAAAACCAACAUGUACAAAAGGUAAUGGGUAUUAAAAACUUCGGUAAGAAAGCAAAGAACUUCGAUGUGGAAGAAAUGAUGGAACGUGCGAGGCAGACGGCGCAAGAGGCUGCUAAGAAACAGGCUGAGCUGGAGCAAAAAGCUAAAGAAAAUGAUGAAGUUAUAGGUCCCUUACCCCCAGCUACAAAUGAGGAAAGUGAUGAUGAAGAAGUAAUAGGCCCACCAAUACCAGACAGUAUACUCAAACCGGAAAAACAAAAAGAUGAUGAUAAGGAUUCGGAGGAUAGCUACAAUGAGCUGAGUGAUUCGGAUGAUGAAGAACUCAGUUUGGAUAAACGGAUACCUAACUCACAUGAGGUGGAAAUGCACCACGGAUCAAAGGCUGUAGUAGCUCUAGCGGUAGACCCAUCGGGUGCUCGUCUGGCUACCGGCUCUGUGGAUUAUGAUGUAUCAUUUUGGGACUUUGCUGGUAUGGAUUCUUCAAUGCGAUCGUUCCGUACACUGCAACCGUGCGAGAACCACCCGAUAAGAGCGCUACAAUACUCCGCUACCGGUGACUCCAUAUUGGUAGUGAGUGGUGCGGCUCAGGCCAAGGUGCUGGAUAGAGACGGGUUUGAAGUGCUAGAGUGUGUGAAGGGGGACCAGUAUAUCACAGAUAUGGCAAGAACAAAAGGCCACACAGCAGCACUAAACAGCGGCUGCUGGCACCCGCACAUCCGCGAAGAGUUUAUGACUUGCGCCCAAGACGGAACCCUCAGAUUGUGGCUGACAGAAAACCCAAAACAGCAUAAAGCCGUCAUCAAACCCAGACAGCAGGGUGGAUUGAAGACAAAUCCUACGUCCUGUGCCUUCUCUAGAGAUGGCAACACAGUCGCCUGUGGUUGCUUCGAUGGGUCCAUACAAAUGUGGGACCACAGGAAAAACUUCGUCAACAAUUCAACUCUACUCCGAAACGCUCAUCAGAAACAAUCGGAAAUAUCAAGCAUCGCGUUCUCUUACUUGGGGUCCUAUCUUGCAACCAGAGGCAACGACGAUACAAUGAAAGUCUGGGAUCUUAGAGCGUUUAAGAAACCACUCAAUGUGUUCGGGGGUCUAUUUUCCAGGUACGAGCAAACUGACUGCGGUUUCAGUCCCGAUGACAAUAUGGUGUUUACGGGUGAAUCACUGCAAAGGAACCAGGAUGUUGGAAGACUGAUAUUCUACAAUGUUAAGACGUUCGAAGAAGUGUCGCGUAUAGAUGUGACCAAGUCGCACGUUAUCAAGGCAGUUUGGCAUGCGAAAUUGAACCAAUUAUUUGUUGGAUGUGGAAACGGUGUUGUGAAGUGUUAUUACGAUAGCAAGAGGAGUUUGCGUGGCGCUAAAUUGUGUAUAGUGAAAACUCAUAGAAAGAAACAGUCUAUAGAAGUAGUAAGCUCGCAGCAAAUCAUCACGCCCCACGCAUUGCCGUUAUUCAAGCAAGAAAAGUUGCGGACAAAUAAGAAGAAAUUGGAAAAGGACAGGCUAGACCCGCUGAAAUCUAGACGACCUGAUUUACCUAUAACUUCAGGUCAGGGUGGAAGGGUUGCAGCUUCCGGAAGUACCCUGAGCUCCUUCGUGAUAAGGAACUUGGGUCUCUCUAAGAGGGUGGACGACGAUCAAGAUCCAAGGGAAGCUAUAUUAAAGUUCGCUAAAGACGCAGAGGAAAAUCCAUUCUGGGUUGCCCCCGCGUAUAAGAAAACACAACCGAAGCCAAUAUUUCUGGACGAUGAAGAUGGCCCAUCUGAUGCUAAAAAACCGAAAUCGGAUACUUAAAUAAAAUAUUUAAGAACA